CCCCCCGCGCAAGAAAACAAGCGCUUGGUUCGUCCUGAGUGUUGUUCAUCAGUGAGACGAGUGGCAAGUCAAGCCAGCGGAUUGUCCAAAUCUUCUGCCUGCAAGCUUUACGACAACAAGACUAUGAACGUUGACGGAAAGUCCAGCAAAUCCGGCGCCACCAUCCUCUUCUCCCUCAAGAACGAGGUAGGCGGUCUGGUCAAGGCUCUCCGGACUUUCCAGGAACAACACGUCAAUCUGGUCCACAUCGAGUCACGCAGGUCCAAGCGCAGGAAUUCCGACUUUGAGAUCUUUGUCAACUGCGACGGUGAUCACCGGCAGCUCCGAGAGUUGACACGUCUUUUGUCGCAGCACACCAAUGUGGUCCAGAUAACGUCGCCGAGCCGUAACAAUGACGACGAGCUGCCCGUUCCGUGGUUCCCCAAGAAAAUUUCCGAUCUGGAUCUUUGCAGCCAGGUUCUGAUGUACGGAUCCGACUUGGACGCCGACCAUCCGGGAUUUCAAGACAAGAUUUACCGCAAACGACGUAACUACUUUGCGGAUUUGGCGCGAAGCUACAAACACGGCGACCCUAUCCCCCGCGUGGACUACACGGCCGAGGAGAUUCAAACGUGGGCUCGGGUGUUUCGGGAACUCAACGCGCUUUACCCGAGCCACGCCUGCAAGGAGUUCCUGAAAAACCUCCCUCUGCUGGUCGAACACUGCAACUACAAGGAGGACAACAUCCCCCAGCUGGAGGACGUCUCACGCUUCCUUAAAGAACGUUCGGGUUUCAGCAUCCGUCCUGUGUCAGGCUAUUUGUCGCCCCGGGACUUUCUGGCAGGUUUGGCGUUCCGAGUGUUCCACUGCACACAGUACGUCCGACACAGUUCUGACCCGUUCUACACACCGGAACCAGACACGUGCCACGAGCUGCUGGGCCACGUGCCACUCCUGGCCGAACCGGGCUUUGCGCAGUUCUCGCAAGAACUGGGCCUGGCGUCGCUGGGCGCCGCCGCCGACGCUGUACGCAAGCUGGCCACGUGUUACUUCUUCACGGUGGAGUUUGGACUUUGCAAGCAGGACGGAAGACUUCGCGCCUACGGGGCCGGACUGCUCUCAUCCGCUGGCGAGCUCAAGCACGCAUUGUCAGGCGAGGCCAAGUUGCUCCCCUUCGAUCCUCGUGUGACGUGCAACGAGGAGUGUGUCAUCACCGCCUUCCAAAACGUUUACUUCGUGGCCGACGCCUUCGACGAUGCCAAAACCAAAAUGAGGGAGUUCGCCAAAAGCAUCCGUCGGCCAUUCUCUGUGCGCUAUAACGCGUACACGCAGAGCGUAGACGUGCUGGAGGAUAGCGGCAGCAUCCGAACGCUGGUGGAGGAUCUGCGACACGAUCUCGACAUUGUGGAGGACGCCCUCAGCAGGCUCAACACUGCCUGAUAACAAAUCAGGAGAAGGCCACUCCAUUUGGAAAUGGGGGGCUAGGAGCAAUUUUUUUUUUCUUCAGAUGCACCCUAUUCUUGGGAAAAAAGUCACUACUCAGAAGGUUAUUAGGCGGUAAGGUUAUGUAUGUUUGGCAGGAAUGCCAAAAUUAAAUGAAUAAAUACAUCUACAUUUCAAUUUUGAUCUAUUGUGGAGAUGCUUUUCAAAGCUUAGACUACGAUUCCUUGACUUCAAGACUGGUUUGUGAUAUGUAUGGUCUUUUUGCUCACUUUUAACC